AUGGAGGAUGAGGGAUCCUAUGUCCCUAACCUCAGCACCAUCAUGAAUAGAAAGGUCUGCACCUGGUUGGUGAUGGGAUCAGGGAUGCAGGGAUUCUUCUCCAUCUUGGUCCCUACCAUGAUCAAAUUUAAAUUGCCCUGCUGUGGCCCCAACAUCAUCAACCAUUUCUUCUGCUACCAUGGCCACUUGUUAUACCUCGCCUGUGCCGUCAUCUUGUUGGUGGAAUUCAUUGACUUCAUCAUCUCGCUGUCUGUGUUGCUAGGCUCCCUGCUGCUGAUGGUUAUCUCCUACAUGUAUGUUAUCUGCACCAUCAUCCAUAUCCCUUCUGCCAAGGACAGAGAGAAAGCUUUCUCCACCUGUGCGUCUCAUUUCACUGUGGUCACCAUUGGCUACAGCACCUCCAUCUUCAUCUAUGUCAGGCCCUCGCAAGUCCCCUCUUUG